UUGUCAAUGGCUCAGAAUGAAGGUGGAUACUGUUGCAGCUGUGAUGAUGGGUUACCACUGCAGGUGAAAAUGAAAACAUCGUUACUUGGCGAGGCGAGAGGACAGUUUGCGCGACGUUGUCUUGGACAUAAGUGAGCAAGUGUGUGCGUGUAGUGUAUUAGUUCGCAGGAAUGUGUGUCAGCGUAUGUGUGUGGAUUAUGAGAAGAGCAUUGUGACCAACCGGGAGCAGAUUUUUGCUGCAAUGACCCGUUCAAGCACCGAUAUCUGUCCCAUCCUCUGGCCUUCCGCUCCUCUCAGCCCAGACAUGCACCACCUCGCCAUCUUUUGACUUGAUGAAGAUUCCUGACAUCGGUAAUGUGAUGAAUAAAUUUGAGGUCCUUGGGAUUGUAGGAGAGGGAGCCUAUGGGGUGGUCCUGAAAUGCAGACACAAGGAGACAAAAGAGCUUGUGGCCAUUAAGAAGUUCAAGGACAGUGAAGAGAAUGAGGAGGUUAAAGAGACGACGUUACGAGAGCUCAAGAUGCUCCGUACGCUGAAGCAAGACAACAUCGUAGAACUGAAAGAGGCUUUUCGUCGAAGGGGAAAACUCUAUCUUGUGUUUGAAUAUGUGGAGAAGAAUAUGCUUGAGUUGUUGGAGGAAUUGCCCAAUGGUGCCCUACCUGAUAAAGUACGAAGCUACAUCUUACAGCUGAUUAAAGCUAUUCACUGGUGCCACAAGAAUGAAAUCGUUCACAGGGAUAUCAAGCCUGAAAAUCUCCUUAUCAGCUCCAAUGAUAUCCUGAAGCUGUGUGAUUUUGGCUUUGCUCGCAAUCUCUCUGAAGGCAGCGAUGCUAACUACACUGAGUAUGUGGCGACCAGGUGGUACCGCUCACCUGAACUGCUCCUGGGAGCUCCAUAUGGGAAGGCGGUGGACAUGUGGUCGGUGGGGUGUAUUUUGGGAGAACUGAGUGAUGGGCAGCCCCUGUUUCCUGGCGAGAGUGAAAUCGACCAGCUCUUCACCAUUCAAAAGGUGUUGGGCCCUUUACCACCAGAGCAGAUGAAGCUGUUCUACAACAACCCUCGUUUCGCCGGACUAAGAUUUCCUUCUGUAAGUCAUCCUCAGACGCUUGAUCGAAGGUACCUGGGUAUCAUCAACGGACUCAUGUUGGAUUUAAUGAAGAACCUGCUGUGCCUGAACCCUACCGAACGCUUUCUGACAGAACAGUGUCUGAACCACCCAGUGUUUCAGGGUCUGAGAGGGCCGGAACGGCCAGCUGCCCCAUCACCCACCCCACCUCGCUCCUCGAAGAGAAAACCGUACCACGGAGACAACACCAUACCCAGCCGGAGCCACGGCAGUAAAAGUUCAGGUCACCGGCGAGCUAACAGCAAGGACUGCUCGUCUCUACCGCGCCAUGAGGACCUCCACCGGAGCAACGAAAGCUUCCUGAACGGCAGUAACAUGCCAACCUCAUCCACCCUGAGUCCCACGCUACAUCCCAAGAGCUACCAGGUCCAGACCCUGAGCCGCUCAGCCUCUAGCAACAAAGAUCUGGCCAACAACAACCUUCCGCACCUCCUCAGCCCCAAAGACUCGAAGGGAAAGACAGAGUUUGAUUUCAACUUGGGGCCUAAAGUUGGAGGUUCCACUGUGGGAGCGGACACCUCGACGGGCAAGUACCUCAAGUCGUCCAAAACAGGCCGCCACUCAUCCUUCCUGGAAGGGAAGACCAGCACGCUGCAGUCUGGGGACAAGCACAGUCGCCAUAACUACAUGGAAUCCUCGCACGGGUCCAUGCCUUCCACGUCCUCCUCCAAAAGCUCCUCGUCCUUCCUCAGCCUGUCCAAGAGUCAUGGGGCACUGAAUGACGCCAAGUCCGUGAACAAUCUUGCAGAAACGCGGCUCCACCUUGACGAUCCCAUGGUGGGGUCAGGCUCAGGCUCCCGCUACUUCCCAUCCAGCUGUCUAGAUCUUAACGCGGCUCCCGGCAGCCCCAGGGGUGAAAGGCAUGCUGGGACGGAACGACAGGGCCACAGCCCUAGUGGCCGAGGGAACAUGCGUCUAGAAGGGGGCACUCUAGACUCGCGGCGUUCUUCAGGACGGAAAAAGACACCGGAUGAACCGAAGGCUUCGGACACUCUGGACCCAAGCAGGGCCGCAGGAGCAGGGGGCCAUGCUCACAAUCUACCCUCCCCACAUGAAUCAUAUCCUUACGGUCUCGGUUACACCAGCCCGUUCUCCUCGCAGCAGCGACCUCACCGCCACUCCAUGUACGUGCGGAGAGAGCGACACCGGCCGCAUGGCCAGGAGACGAAUUUGGUGGUUGGGCAGGGCGUGCCAACUCGUGCCAGCAGCCUACAACUCCUCUCGCCGCAGCUCCAGCAUCGCACACUCCCACGCCACAACACCAGUUCCUCCCGAGAAGAACUCACGCAAGAUCUGAGCAGGAAUGACCAGUCUCCUAAAGAGAAGCCUCAUUCUCGCCCCCCGAUUAAAGAUUCUACGAGGGACAACACAGCUACCUUCCACUCACAACGCCCAAAAAACGAGGCUGGGAUGUACCAUGACGCACAUAUGGAGGAUGGAACCUCGUCCAAGGAGAACAGAAUCAUCUACAGUGACUCGAUGCCUCGAAGAGUGGGAAGCUUUUACAGAGUCCCCUCUCCUCGACCUGACAACUCGUUCCAUGAAAGCGCUGGGCAGAGCAGAGUGCCAGCGGUGGCGGCAGAAAACACAGCCAUGACAAACCACCCUAAACGUCAGACCAAUUUUGACCCCUGGAAUAAUUCAGAGGCCAUGGUCAUGAACCCACCAGAGGUCCCUAAACAAAAAGAAAAACAAGGUUUCUUUCGAGCAAUGAAGAAGAAAAAGAAGAAGACACAGCCGACGGACGGCAACGCGGGAAGGAACCCGAGCAUCAAGAAAAGCCUUUUCCCCCUCUUUAACUCAAAGAAUAGCUUAAAGCAUAACUCUUCUGUCAAAGUGCUCCCUGUUGUCCCGCAGCCCAUGGUUCCUAGUGAGGCCCAGCAGGACCAGAUAAUGAUACAGAGACCAGUCAAAUCUUCGUCUCAUCACAGCAGUCGACAUCGCAACCGAGAUCGCGACCGGGAACGUGACCUGGAAAGGGAGAGGGAGCGUGACCGGGAUCGAAACCGCGAGAGGGAUCGCGAUCGUGACAGGGACAACACUUGGCCACCCGAAAAGCAGGCAGACGUGCAGCCUCAGAACCAGCCUCUUAAAUCCCUGCGGAAGCUCCUACACCUCUCCUCUCCCGCUACGUCCAAUCAGCCCCCACCAGCCGAUCGCUCGGCAGAACUGCGCUUCCAGCCCCUUCCUAACCCCCCCACCAAAGGGAACCUGAACGAGGUCCGAGGGCACCCACCGGGCAGCGUCACCCCCAAUACCAAGAGCCGUAAACCCCACAACUACCCUUUGCCGGGGCAGAUCGAAUCCAGCUGGCACGUCUCCGCACUGAAUCGGGCUGAGGGCGCACCGUACCCAGACCAAAUGGCAAACAAAGGUGGGCAGAACGGUAUCGGCUUUACCAGAGCCGCUCGCCCUAGAAUGCCGAACCUCAAUGAUCUGAAAGAAACGGCUCUUUAGAGGAGGACGCCCCCUUGUGGCCUCUAGUGUACUUGGUUUCUCCUUUUCCUUCCUGGCUACCUAUGGAAUGCUAUUGUUCAUACAGUGGUACACGAUGCCACUUCUGGCCAGAAGGUGGCAAUAGUUAUGUCUCAGAUUUGUUUUUUAAAGCAUCCACAUUUGAUAGAAUUUGUAUUAUUGUUCAUUACAUCUGGGUUCAGUUUUCUGUUGAAUAUAUCUUAUUGACGAUGAUAUGAAUCUAUGUAUUUGUAUAUGGAAACUUAGGGACGGGGACACAAAAAAAAAUCUGUGGAAUUGUAAGAGCUUUAGUUUAUACACGAGAAUGUAUAAAUAUUUAAUGUGUAAUAAUUCUAUAUUUCAUGGAAAUUAUUUAAUGAAUUAUUGGUGUGUUAAUAGUUAUAAUGUACAGAGUGCAUUUUAUGGUUGUAACACAAGUACUUAUUGUUUCUGAA